CCCGGGGUUACUACACAGACUUCCUCCCGGAGAACUUCAAGAAAGCAGCCACACUUUCCCCGACGGCCGGAGAACUUGAGUGCAGUAUGGAAGGCCUGUGACAAGGGUGAAGCCGGGGGCGCGGGUGAUGUAACAUCCGAGGGACGAGCCUCCGGAGGUGGGACCGCCCACAACUACAGGACGGGGCCUCUGGCCUCAACGGACGAAGGGAACGGAUCAUAUGGAGACCGCGCCCGGGCGUAGUGCAAUAGUCCCCUCCAUGGAAACGGCUUCAGCAACAGAGUGUGGAGUCCUGUCUGCGAUAAGCAGCAGUGUGACCCUGUGCUAACACCGCGGACAUGCCAGAUGAUCCCUGUCGUCUUCCUUCCAGGAUUUGUCGGAUAACGCGUGUUUGAACGGUGACCCAGCUACGGGCGGAGAAUGCAGAAACAGCUUUCUACGCCUAAGAGUAGCUCAUCCAGAACCUCCAGGAGAUACGAACAGCCAACCAUUGCCUCCAAAUCUCGCUCCCCAUCCCCAUAUACCAACAGACGCAUGUGCGAGCUCUCCGAGGACUCCAGGCAGAGGCUCGCCCAUUUGAAUCUGGGACCCUAUGAAUUCAAGAAGGAGACUUGCAGCAAGCCGCCAUUUGUAGUCAGACAUGUAGAAACCAGCUCUUCCCCUGACACGACUGCGCUCUCAUGUUCUGCAGAUGAAUCUUCAAGGCUGCACACUGAUACCUCUAUAUUGGACAGCUUGAGACCCCGGGGUAGCAGGGACCUGAGGAGGAUGCAUAUCGAUGACCUUCAGAUGUCCUUGGACAAUGUUAAUAACAAAAGGCUCCAAGAGUCACCGCUCAGAACUACAUCAGCACUGUCUCGCUCAGCUCCACCGUCAGUCCUGAGGCACCCUCCCAGUCCUGUGCUCAGCAGAUCCUCCCUUAGAGAAAGGUUUUGGAGUGAUCACCGAGCAUCAGCUAACUGGAAGGAAACCCAUGAACGAGUGAAAAGCAUAUUAAGGACGCACAGUGUCCAGCAGAAGCUACAUUCUGACAAGAACGUAUCAUGGAAGGAAUCUGAUUACAGCAACACCGUGGAUGACGAGGUACUCGGCGCGAGAGAGCUGCAGGACAGCCUCUCGUUCCCACAGGAUAAGUCCGUUCACUUGGACAACGGGGAGUUCUGGUGCAACAGAGCAGCCGCCUACAAAGGAAAGAGUCAUAGGAUCAUAUUUGAGGAGAGCAUGGAAAAAAUCUACAAGAACAUGUACAGAAAUGCUGUAAACCCAAACGCAUAUAGGAAAUCGCAUCACUCCAAGGAGUUUAUUUGAAUUAAAGGAAGAUACCAUGCAACUGUUACACAUAGGGUUGAGCGAACUGAAGUUCGGGUGAUUUUAUUAUUUUCCAUUAUAACAUGGUUAUAACGGAAAAUAAUAGCAUUCUUAUGACAGAAUGCUAAAUAAAAUGGCCAU